AUGGGAAUCCAAGAGGUGCAGCCCACAAGGAUCUCAUUGGAGACGAUAGACAAGUCCCUAAUGUGGGCAUUUGGAAUAGUGGAGAACAUCCUUGUAAAGGUUGAAGACCUUUACCUCCCUGCAGACUUUGUGAUACUUGAUAUUGGAGAGGACAAUAACGACUCCAUUAUCCUUGGAAGGCUAUUCCUAGCUACUGGAAAGGCGUUGAUUGAUGUCGAGAGAGGAGAGUUAUUUCUGAGCCAUACAGAAUCCCCUGACAUCAAACCUAAGUUUGGUGUUAGAUAUUCACCACCAACCAUUGAGGAAAAAGGCACCAAGGACAAAGUACCCAAGGGCUGGAGGAAUAAAAAGAUUCCAACUGAGGACUUUUCACCUGGCAUGAGAGUUGUCUUCACAAGAAGUGCAGUCAUACCAUACACUGUGAACUGGAUAUUGUCUAUGGAUCAUGUUGAACUGAUUCAUGAGAGCAUAGGAAGGAAGUUCACCAUGAGGAGUGAAGAUCUGUGCCCGUAUGAACCUCCAUAA